AAUUCGAUAAGUGAAUAUCGUCUGCUCUAAACUCGCGGAAACUGUUAUAUGUGUUGAACACGUUUUCGACGUUUCAAGUUAAAAAAAAUCAUCAUGCCGAAAAAGAAAACUGGUCAGCGUAAAAAGGCAGAAAAACAGAAAGAGAGACAAAAAAAUAUAAAGAUAUCUGCUACAGAAAAAAGAUUAGCUGACCAUCCUAGUAAUAGAACGAUGGAAUGUGACCAGUGUAAUAGGCGUCAGAAGAAUCGAGCAUUUUGUUACUUUUGUUAUUCUAUACAAAGAUUACCAGCUUGUGCCCAGUGUGGAAAGUCAAAAUGCAUGUCAAAAAGCGGUGAUUGUUUAGUUAAGCACCCUACGUCAUUUGCCACAGGAAUGGCUCUUGUUGGAGCGAUAUGUGAUUUUUGUGAAGCGUGGGUUUGCCACAGCAGGCAAUGCUUACAAAAUCACGCUUGUAAUUGUCCCUGUCGGGAUAUGGACUGUUUAGAGUGUGAUAGAGGUGUCUGGGAUCACGGUGGUAGGGUUUUCAGAUGUUCUUAUUGUGAUCGACCUCUGUGUGAAGAUGAUCAAUUUGAACAUCACGCCUCAUGUCAGAGAUUAGACGCUGAAAAUUUUAAGUGUGUAUCAUGUAAUAGAAAUGGCCAACACACUUGUAUGAGAUGUAAAAUUGCAUUUUGUUUCGACCACGUGAAAAGAAAGGGUGUAAAAUUGCCAGUAGGAAAGGAUCAGCCACCCUGCCCAAGAUGCGGUCACGAUACAUGUGAAACAAAAGCAUUUUCUGUGUCAACGAGAUCGUAUAAUUUCGGAAGGCAGACUGAGUUUGAUGAUGACCAAGAUAAUAAAUACUAUUAUCUACCCAAUAUGGGUGCGGCAAAUUAUGAUGACAACGAUGAAGAAGAUUCUCCAGACGAAAAAGAUUAUGAGGAUGAGGAGGACGAAUGUGAAGACCUUGAGAAACUCGACAUAAAUAAAUAA